UGGCAAGAAGAAGAAGAAGAAGAAGAAGAAGAAGAAGAUCAUGGCGAUGAUUGUGGAUGCAUUUGCUGGAAAGCUGGUGGGGAGGCUGGGUAAUGUCAUUGAAGAGAAGGCCAUCAUGGUGUUAGGGGUCAAGGAUGAACUCCAAAGGCUCCGGAGAAGGAUGGAAACACUCGCACGUGUGCUCAAGGAUGCUGAGAGGAGGAGGAUCCAAGAUGAGGCUGUCAAAGGUUGGGUGGAGGAGCUGAAAGAUGUUAUGUAUGACGCCGAAGACAUCAUUGAUCUUUGCAUGAUACAGGGUAUGGGCCUCUUGCAAGAUGAUGAUCAUCAUACUAAUCAGCUGGCUGAGUCAAGUGCUGCUGCCUUAACACGGGUACCAUGCUGUAACUUCCCUCUGUUCUCUUGUGUGCGCAGUGUGCCAUUUCGCUAUGAGAUUGCUGAUAAAAUUAAAAGUCUGAAUGAUAGAUUAAGUGAGAUAUCUGAUGAUAAGGAUAAGUUUAAUUUCAUAAUUUCUUCUAAAUCAAUUAGUGAUGAUGCAUAUGUCAUGAAUGAAGCUUCCUAUCACCAGAGUUCCUUCUUACCAGAAUCUGAUAUUGUGGGUCGGGAUAUUAUAGAUGCUACUAACAGUCUUGUUGAAUUAUUAGUCUCUCAGCAUCAACAGACAUGCCGCCUUUUUGCGAUUGUUGGCAUGGGGGGUAUCGGCAAAACUACUCUAGCACAAUUGAUAUAUAAUGAUUCCAAGAUAAAUGAUGAUUUUGUGUUGCAUUCAUGGAUUUGUGUUUCAAAAUUUUACACAUCAAUGACUGACUUGUUGAAGGAACUCAUAAGAAAUGUUGGAGGUACUUGUGGAGAGGCAACAACAACCGCAGAGUUACAAAAAAUACUAUGUGAUGUUUUAGAUGGGAAGAGCUUAUUUCUAGUUUUAGAUGAUGUUUGGGAUGCAGAUGUAUGGAUUGAUUUAAUAAAAAAUCCAGUUGAAAGAACAACGACAAAAUGCAGAGUUAUGGUUACGACAAGAGAAUGGAACACUGCUAGAAAAAUGGGGGCAAUUGAUAUCCACAAUGUCAACAAACUACCUUUGAAUUUUGCUUGGGAAUUGCUAUGCAAGAAAGUUUUCACAAAUAAUGAUGAGAGUGAGAUUCAGAGAAUGAAGGAUAUAGGGAUGCAGAUUGUUGAGAAAUGCGAUGGUCUUCCCGAUGCAAUAAAAGUCAUUGCGGGUGUUCUUAUAACAAAAGACCAAAAACUAAAAGAGAAUGGCAGAAUGUUCUUAACAGUAAUGCUUGGACUAUUACAGGUCUUCCAAAAGAGCUUCAAGGAGCACUAUACUUGAGCUAUGAAGCCUUAACUUCAACACUAAAACAUUGUUUCCUUUAUUGCUCUCUUAACCCUCCUGAUAGGGCAUUGUUUUAUGAAGAUCUUGUCUGUGAGUGGAUUGCAGAAGGUUUCAUAGAACCAGAUGGAGAUGCAUCAAUGGAGGAUGUUGCGAAAGGUUAUUACAUGGAUCUGAUUAGAAGGAGUUUUUUACAACCUGAUCCUAAAUAUGUUGAUAUGCAUAAAUGUACAAUGCAUGAUUUAUUGCGUGCCCUUGCUAUAUUUUUAACAGGUGGUGAAAGUCUUUCGGGAGAUCCUCAAGCAUCACAAAGCAACGGUUCAAUGAUGAAAUUACGUCGUUUGACAAUUUCAAGUAACAGGGAGAGUGUGAGCAUUCCACAUCUUGAAUGUCUUAGAAAUCUACGGUUAUGGACCCCUUCAAGUUUGGGCACGCAAAUGAUAAUUGGAAGCUUUUAAGCAAUUGCGCAUUUUGUUUCUCAAUGGAGAUGGAAUUGAGAAUAUCCCCAACAAUAUUGGGGAUUUAGUACACUUAAGGCUUCUUGAUCUAGAGCAUACAAAAAUAUGCAAACUACCUGAUUCUUUGGGAAAUCUCAUCAACUUGAAGUUUUUGUUACUUGGUGAUUGUGAGGCGUUGCAUAUCCUUCCGAGAAGCAUAACUAGGUUAUGCAAUUUAAGGAGACUCAAUCUUGAAGACACUCCUGUGAAGUAUGUGCCAAAGGGAAUAGGUAAGUUAGAACAUCUUAAUCAUCUGACAGGAUUUACUAUUGAAGGUGCUGAUGGUAAUAAUGGAGAGGGAUGCAACAUGGAAGAUCUACAAAUGCUUAAAAAUCUUAGCCAUCUUCAAAUAGACAAGUUAGAGAAAGCAAGUAAAAGUAAUGCAGCGCUUUUAAAUAAGCCUCGCCUCAAAACUGUUGUGCUUCGUUGCACGGCCAAAGGUGGUGGAUGCCAUCAACAAGAGAUGGACAGGAUCAUACAAGUCUUUGAUGAGCUAUGCCCUCCACCAUGCCUUGAUCACCUACAAAUUCAUUACUUUUUUGGUGAGAAAUAUCCACAGUGGAUGUCAUCCAAUUCCAUCAGUACAGCUCUUCCAGAACUGACUUAUUUGCUUCUUAUUAAUUGCUCUUACUGCCCUCAGCUUCCCCAACUUGGCCGACUGCCCCAACUCAAGUAUCUAAAGAUCUGGGGGGCAACUUCAGUUAUAUCAAUCGGCUGUGAAUUUCUCGGCAAUGGAAAACUUGCAGCCAGUGCCUUCCCUAAGCUUGAAUACUUAAUACUCUCCGACAUGACUAAUUGGGAGCAAUGGUCACUGGUCAGUGGAGAGGAAGACAACGAGAUUGACUCUAGCAAGCAAAUACACUUCCCCCGUCUCCACAAAAUUGUCAUUUCUCGCUGCCCAAAGCUGAAAGCUCUUCCAAAAGGCUUGAAUCAUGUGCAAGAAUUGGAGAUUAUAGGAGCUCACAGUCUUUCAAGGGUCUCUGAUCUACCUGCCUUGAGAGAAUUGCAAGUCAAAAAUUGCCCAAUGUUGGACUGUGUUGAAAAGCUUGAGUCUUUGCAGAGCUUGAAGAAAAGUGAUAAAGGGGAUGAUAGUUUGCCUAACUGGCUCAUCUCUUUCCUCCAACAACGCGAAAAGCAUCAAGACAAUCGAUUCCAUUUGCAUUUGAAGUGCAGUGCCCAAGCAUUGAAGGGAUGUUUGAAAGGGCGUCCCCAUUGGUGUUUCCUCCAGCACAUUCCACGUUUGGAAGCCUAUGCAGAGAAUGAAAGCAUGUAUUUAAAGUACACCAAGGAACCAUUUUCCUACCAAACCAACCUUGAUGAAGACACCACACAACUGAUGAGGACUAGGGUGAAAGUUUGAAGUUUCAUGAGAUGUAGGCGUCAUGAUUGGAGUAGUGGGUAAACUUAUUCAACAGCGUCAAAAGGCUCAUGAUGAUGAAGAGAACAACAAUCUCUUUGACUGGCUCAUCUCUUUUCUCCAACAGCAUGAAAAGCCCCAUGACAAUUGCUUGCUCUUGCAUUUGGAAUGCAAUGCUCAAACACUAGAGACUGGAGGGAUGUUUGAAAGGGGCUCGCUCACAUUCAUUGUUCCUCAAGCAAGUACCCCUCCUUUUAGCCUAAACAGAGGACAAAAGCAUGAAUUAAUUUGAAGUGCAUCAAAGAACAAUAUUCCUAAGAAACCAAUCUUUUUUCUUGAAGACAUGGCUGGUAUGCGUAAAUUUCUAAUGAUAUCCUCAUAUUUUGUGAUAAUUAAAUCCUAUCUGUUUGCCAGAGGCAUAAUAAUUUUAAGUCCAAUUAAUGGUUUAUGACAAUGGAGGUUAGGAGGAUGAAAUCUUUUAUUUGAAUUUGACUUCCAAGACUGAGAUGUGAACAUCAUUACUGUUUGCUGGUUUUCAUUGAUUUCCACAGGCAAAUUAAUGUGGCUUGAUCAUGACUCAAGUGUAUAACAAUUUGAUGGUUCAAAUUACUUGGUUAUUCAACUUGAGAUUAAAUAAGCUUGAAGCAGUUUAAUGAGAUGUGGACAAGCACAAUGACUGGUAUGGUAUCUGUUUUCUUCCCCUGAUAAAUGACUGGUAUGUAUAUAUACCUCAUUGCAUCUCUAAUUUUAUUAUUAUAAGUUAAGCUCAACACUAUAAGCUUGCUAUAUCUUUAGAAUUAUGAUAUGUGUUUGUUGUAUUUGUUUUCAGAGGAGGAAUGGUUGAUAAGCACAUAUUUCAUGGCAAAUAUGUGAUUUUAUUAUGACUCAACUGCAUGAUAGUCUGGGAGUACAAAUUUACUUUGUUUCGACUUUUCAACUUGAGAUGAUGGUUAUUGAGGAAUCCACAUCCAUGGG